AUCCCAUUUCCCUCUUGUGAACCUCCAUAAAUACUCUCUAUCCUCCAUGUCCUACACUCUCCUCUCCUCUCCUCUAUGUCUUCUUACCACAGCAAACACCUCUUCCCUUCCAUAGUUUGACAACUAUAUAUCAUCAUCUCAAAGUAUAGAAAGCUAGCCAAUUUCGAGGAAGGAGCUUUCUUUGGAUCAUCAUCAUCAUCAUCAUCAUGGGAAUUCACCAGAAACCCGCAUGGUUGGAAUCACUCUACAACGAGAAGUUCUUCGCUCCCUGCCCAUACCACGAAUCCGCCAAGAAGAACGAGAAGAACGUCUGUUGCCUCGAUUGUUGCACCAGCAUCUGUCCUCACUGUGUCCCCGCUCAUCGUGCUCAUAGAUUGCUUCAGAUUCGUCGGUAUGUCUAUCAUGAAGUCGUGAGGCUGGAAGACCUCGAGAGGCUCAUGGACUGCUCGAACGUUCAGGCCUACACCAUCAAUAGUGCCAAAGUGGUGUUCAUCAAGAAAAGACCCCAAAACAGGCAAUUCAAAGGGUCGGGGAAUUAUUGCACUUCAUGUGAUAGAAGCCUCCAAGAACCUUUCAUUCAUUGCUCCCUUAGUUGCAAGGUGGAUUUCGUGCUAAAGCAUUACAUGGACUUGAGCCCAUUCCUAAAGAAGUGCAAGACUUUAGUACUAGGACCGGACUUCUUGAUCCCUCAGGACAACAUGGGAGACGUCGACGACAUGAUGACCAACUCCGACGAGCCGGCGAUGAGCUGGUCGUCCGGCUCCGACGGCGGUGGUUCCGGGUCGUCGUCGUCCUCGGGGUCCGAGAACAUGAUGAUGAGCAGCAUGAUGAUGAUGGCACCGCCGUGUCCCGACAAGAUCGUGCGCAAGAAGAGAAGCGGGUUGAUCUACGUCUGGUCUAGAUCGUCGCCGGCGAACUACGACGGCGACCACCACGGCCACAAUCAGGACUACCAUCAUAAUAGAGUCUCCGACGAGGACAUGGCCACCAGCUUGAGCCGGCGGAAAGGCGUCCCUCAACGAUCUCCUUUGUGUUAGCAAACUACGGAAAGAGGAAAUAACAAGACCGAACAUUAUGAGGAUUUUUAACAUUGUACCUUACUUUUUUUUCUAUCUGAAUUUUGACUAAAAAGUCAACACUUACUGAAAUGUUUCACUCUCUAUCUCUAUCUCUUUAGUCGAAAAUUGUAGAGGUGAUUAAUCACUUGGUCGGAGGUUUUGUCUUAAUGGCAUCACGUGGUUCCCAAUUCCAAGUAAUGGUUU